GUUUGGUACCAAAUAAAGAUAUUUAUACAUGUAAUAUGCAUCCUGUGUAUAGAUAUCUUCUGUAUUCCACUUGCUUUAUUAUUGAGAAUUUCUUCACGCUUAUUUUCAUUUAGUCUAAGGAGAAAUCAAGAAAGCCUAUUUCCUUAGUCAUCUUAGUCAUUAUCCACCCCCACCAGCCAUCCAGGCUAAGAACAUUGUGCAGACUGAGUUAUUAAAGUUGAUCUGAAAGAGCAAUCUGUUCUAAAUGACUGUCCCUGGAUCUGCAACGGAACCCUGUAAAUACCCUUCAUUACUCUGGCGGGGCAGUAUCACAUUUCCUUCAUGCCACUUUUGUGUCUGACACAAGUUAGGCAGUGAGAUUUGGACUUUAGAUCAUCCUGGUUGAUUGAUAUAGGAAUGGUGCUUCUCCUGAGACAGGGCGUGAAGAAUUUCCCUCUUCUCCUGUGCUUUCAUCUAAAAGUUCUCCCUGGAUAAUUAUCAUUGCAGUGGAGUGCCUGGAUUGGACAUCCUCAUCUGGGUCAACUAAGAAAAGAAAGCAUGCAAGACGACAGCGUAGAAGCUUCUACUUCCAUAUCUCAGCUUCUAAGAGAGAGCUAUUUAGCUGAAACCAGACAUCGGGGAAACAAUGAGAGGAGUCGAGCGGAGCCUUCCUCCAACCCUUUCCAUUUUGGCAGUCCUUCUGGGGCCGCUGAAGGAGGCGGAGGCCAAGAUGACCUUCCAGAUCUUUCAGCCUUUCUGAGCCAAGAAGAAUUAGAUGAAAGUGUCACUCUGGCAAGACUGGCCAUCAAUCACGACCCUUUGGAGAAGGCAGAUGAAACUCAAGCUAGAAAACGACUUUCUUCUGAUCAGAUGAAACACACACCUAAUUCAAGUUUUGAGCCUAACUUCUGCCAGGAUAACCCUCGAAGUCCCACCAGCUCCAAAGAAAGCCUCCAGGAGGCAAAAAAGCCACAGUAUUGUUCUGAAACCCAGUCCAAAAAAGUAUUCUUAAAUAAGGCUGCCGACUUCAUUGAAGAGCUAUCCUCCCUUUUCAAAUCCCACAGCUCCAAAAGGAUUAGACCUCGUGCCUGCAAAAACCACAAGAGUAAACUGGAAUCUCAAAACAAAGUUAUGCAGGAAAACAGCUCCAGUUUCUCAGAUCUGUCAGAAAGACGAGAAAGAUCUUCUGUUCCCAUCCCUAUCCCUGCGGAUACCAGGGAUAAUGAAGUGAAUCACGCCCUCGAAGAGCAGGAAGCCAAGAGGCGUGAAGCGGAGCAGGCUGCCAGUGAGGCGGCUGGUGGAGACACCACCCCAGGGUCUUCCCCUUCAUCUCUGUACUAUGAAGAACCUCUGGGGCAACCUCCCCGGUUCACUCAAAAGUUACGGAGCAGAGAAGUUCCAGAAGGAACUCGAGUACAGUUGGAUUGCAUAGUGGUAGGAAUUCCACCACCUCAAGUAAGGUGGUACUGUGAAGGCAAGGAGCUUGAAAAUUCCCCAGACAUUCACAUCGUCCAGGCAGGAAAUCUGCACUCACUGACCAUUGCGGAAGCCUUUGAAGAGGACACAGGACGCUAUUCCUGCUUUGCUUCUAACAUCUAUGGGACAGAUUCAACUUCUGCUGAGAUUUAUAUAGAAGGGGUUUCUUCUUCUGACUCAGAAGGGGACCCUAACAAGGAAGAGAUGAAUCGAAUCCAGAAGCCAAAUGAGGUGUCAUCUCCUCCCACUACCUCUGCAGCCAUUCCUCCAGCAGUACCCCAAGCCCAGCAUUUGGUGGCCCAACCUGGUGUGGCAACCAUCCAGCAGUGUCAGAGCCCCACCAAUUACUUGCAAGGAUUGGAUGGAAAACCUAUCAUUGCAGCUCCUGUGUUUACAAAGAUGCUACAAAAUUUGUCAGCUUCUGAGGGUCAGCUGGUUGUCUUUGAAUGCAGAGUAAAAGGAGCCCCAUCUCCUAAGGUUGAGUGGUAUAGAGAAGGGACUUUAAUAGAAGAUUCUCCAGAUUUUAGGAUUUUACAGAAAAAACCUCGAUCCAUGGCAGAGCCAGAGGAGAUUUGCACCUUGGUCAUUGCUGAGGUGUUUGCAGAAGAUUCUGGGUGCUUCACAUGUACUGCAAGCAACAAAUACGGCACAGUGUCAAGCAUUGCACAGCUGCAUGUGAGAGGAAAUGAUGACCUCAGCAACAACGGGUCUCUUCACUCAGCCAACUCCACCACCAACCUGGCUGCUAUUGAGCCACAGCCCUCCCCACCCCACUCAGAGCCUCCGUCUGUGGAACAACCCCCCAAACCCAAACUCGAGGGAGUUCUGGUGAACCACAAUGAGCCCCGGUCCAGCUCCAGGAUUGGGCUUCGUGUGCACUUCAACCUGCCUGAAGAUGACAAAGGAAGUGAAGCAUCCUCCGAGGCUGGCGUGGUGACCACCAGACAGACCAGGCCCGAUUCUUUCCAGGAGAGGUUCAACGCACAGGCAACAAAAAUCCCAGAGCCUUCUUCCCCCGUCAAAGAGCCCCCUCCAGUUCUGGCCAAACCCAAACUUGAUUCCACUCAGUUACAACAGCUUCAUAACCAAGUCUUACUGGAACAACACCAGUUGCAAAACCCAUCUCCUUCAUCUCCUAAGGAGUUUCCUUUCAACAUGAGUGUUUUGAACUCCACUGCUCCCCCAGCGGUGACAACAUCCAGUAAGCAGGUGAAGGCUCCUUCAUCACAGACGUUCAGCUUGGCCCGGCCGAAGCAUUUCUUCCCCUCCACGAACACCACCGCAGCAACUGUGGCCCCUUCCAGCUCUCCGGUGUUCACUUUGAGCAGCACUCCUCAAACUAUUCAGAGGACAGUGAGCAAAGAAAGCCUCUUAGUGUCUCACCCCUCCAUGCAAACCAAAUCUCCAGGAGGGCUUUCCAUCCAAAAUGAGCCACCCCCACCAGGCCCAACAGAGCCAACACCACCACCACUCACAUUUUCCAUCCCCAGCGGAAACCAGUUUCAGCCCCGCUGUGUGUCCCCAACUCCUGUCUCUCCUACCAGCCGGAUUCAGAACCCUGUGGCUUUUCUCAGCUCUGUUCUGCCUUCUCUCCCUUCCAUCCCACCCACAAAUGCCAUGGGGCUGCCUAGAAGUGCACCAUCCAUGCCGUCCCAGGGAUUAGUGAAGAAAAAUACAAAGUCUCCUCAACCAGUGAAUGAUGAUGACAUUCGUGAAACUAAGAACGCGGUGAUUCGAGACUUGGGGAAAAAAAUAAAUUUCAGUGAUGUCAGACCAAACCAGCAGGAGUACAAAAUUUCAAGCUUUGAGCAGAGGCUGAUGAAUGAAAUAGAGUUUCGCUUGGAACGUACUCCUGUUGAUGAAUCAGAUGAUGAAAUUCAACACGAUGAGAUCCCCACGGGCAAGUGUAUUGCUCCCAUCUUUGACAAGAGACUCAAGCACUUCCGGGUCACAGAAGGCUCUCCAGUCACAUUCACUUGCAAAAUUGUUGGGAUACCUGUUCCAAAGGUUUACUGGUUCAAAGAUGGUAAGCAGAUUUCUAAGAGAAAUGAGCACUGCAAAAUGAGGCGAGAAGGAGAUGGGACAUGUUCUCUGCACAUUGAAUCCACCACCAGUGAUGACGAUGGCAACUACACCAUCAUGGCAGCCAACCCCCAGGGGAGAAUCAGCUGUUCUGGCCACUUGAUGGUACAAAGUUUGCCCAUUCGCAGUCGACUAACCUCUGCUGGUCAGUCUCACAGGGGAAGAUCCCGAGUGCAAGAAAGAGACAAAGAGCCCCUACAGGAACGCUUUUUCCGACCACAUUUCCUGCAGGCUCCUGGGGAUAUGGUAGCUCACGAGGGGCGCCUCUGUCGGCUCGACUGUAAGGUGAGUGGUUUACCGCCCCCGGAGCUGACGUGGCUACUCAAUGGCCAACCUGUGCUACCAGAUGCCUCCCACAAGAUGCUGGUCAGGGAGACCGGAGUCCACUCUCUGCUCAUUGACCCGCUCACUCAGCGCGACGCAGGGACCUAUACGUGCAUCGCUACCAACAAAACCGGGCAGAAUUCUUUUAGCCUGGAGCUCUCUGUAGUAGCCAAAGAGGUGAAGAAAGCACCAGUGAUCCUGGAGAAACUACAGAACUGUGGUGUUCCCGAAGGCCACCCUGUGAGACUGGAGUGCCGCGUGAUAGGCAUGCCCCCACCUGUGUUCUACUGGAAGAAAGACAAUGAGACUAUCCCUUUCACCAGAGAGAGGAUCAGUAUGCACCAGGACACGACAGGGUAUGCCUGCCUUCUCAUUCAGCCAGCCAAGAAAUCAGAUGCUGGAUGGUACACGUUGUCAGCCAAGAACGAAGCUGGCAUCGUGUCGUGCACUGCCAGGCUGGAUAUAUACGCUCAGUGGCACCAUCAGAUCCCACCGCCCAUGUCUGUCCGGCCCAGCGGCAGUCGCUACGGAUCUCUCACCAGUAAAGGACUUGACAUAUUUUCUGCCUUUUCCUCCGUGGAAAGCACAAUUGUGUAUUCAUGCUCUUCUCGGAGCGUGGUGGAGAGUGAUGAACUUUAAGAAUGUCUGGGUGCCUGCUGUGUAACAGAGCGGACUGUGGAGGGGGAAUGAGAACAAGCCAGACUUGGUGGUUUCCAAACAAUGGAAGUUGAGUAAGUUCCCACGCUGCUGGACCUGUGGCAAGGAGUGCUUUGAACAAGUCAGCUAGAGAUUCUUGCAGUCUCAGCUGGGGGAGAAAGGUAGGGCCGUGCCUUCUAAAGAUUCCAACAGAGAUGUGAGAAGAUAGUACAGAUGAACCAAAGAUGUCACACAGUUGCCAUCCACUGCUUUGGGAAAAAACUAGCAUGUUCCCCUGCCCCCUGUUGUGUUAGGGAUGUUUAGGUUGUACUAGGAGCAAUUAGGAGCAAUAUGCCUGGGCUGAGAGGAGUUAGGCAGUAGUGACCUUAGGAUGUAACUAACUCACCAAACAAUGCCAAGGAGAAAGGUGGGGAGGUCACUAUCGCCUUUCAUCGAUUACAUGUAUAGCAGUAGUUUUGGUGAAUUCACUAAAUCAGCUUCCACUUAGCAUUAGGAGGUCAUGCCAUACAGCUCACGUAUGCAGACAGACACUUUUGAUUUGCAUAUCCUGGGUGUACUGAGCCACAUAAUAAGGUGUCAAAAUGCGCUUGAGAGUCCAAAACUCACUGAAACACUUGAUAUUGCACAAUGCAUUUAUUGUGUGGCCAAAACAUGGCCUUACCAGCUUGUCUGCACCAUUUUCUUUUGGGUGGUGACUGGUUUUUUCUGACUUUGCAUAUCCCUAGACACUAGAACUAAAGGAUUGUUAAUAAGCCAAUCAGAAAGAAAUCCUCUGCGGGGUCACUUUAAAAACUACUAGCUUCAACUGCCACUUACAAAAUGUGCAAGAGUCAUCAUUUACCCAUAAAAUACACCUCACGCGCUCCUACCCCUCUCCCCAAAAGUCUGAAAGUGCAGGAGGAAGGAAGAGAUACAAACAAGGAGAGGAAAUGAUGGGAGAGUGUUGUUUUUGUCACUUGCCCCAGCAGAGCAGUGGUUUUGGAAGGAGAGGUCUUUAAUCGCUUUGAAAUGCUUUGAGAUCUUUAGUCAAAUUGCAUUUUCUAUGUAGAAAAUAUUCUGCUAAGUGGAAAAGUUGGGGGAAAGGGGAAUAUGCGUCUUUAUUCUAAUCACCAAUUCAAACCCUGCCUCUUAAGGAAUUUUUAGACUUAGGUUCACUGUGAUAUCCCUAGUGCCUAGAAGAGUACCUAGCACAAAGUAGACAUUCAAUAAAUAUUUGCUGGAUGAAUGAA